AGUCCUGAGGUGUUGGUGAUGGAGGGGGAGUCAGGUCUUUCUGCUCACACUCCUCCAUCCAUGAGUGCGGACUCCUGCUGUGUCCUCUGAAGUGUUGGGGGAGGCCGACGUCACGGACUACAAACCUGUAAAAGAUACAAAAGUAAAGUUAGUUUCCGGAGCGUAGACCAAUUAAUAUAGAGGACUGCGACUUAAGUAAAAUCGCAUUAGAACGUUUUGAUUAGAUUUGACUUUAAGAAGACUGCCGAACGAAGUAGAGAUUGGGCUAAAAGUUUUUUUUUUUUUUUUUUUUUUUUUUUUACUCUUAAGUUACCUUGUUUUCGCACGAGCUCGAACAAAACCCGCACGGGUGGCAUUUUCAGAAGAAAAACAGACGAAGCCGGUCGGAAAUCGCUUCGUUGUGUCUGUAAGUGAUUCUUUAACGUUUUGAUACUCGAACGAAAUCUUGACGCGAUCUUGAGGACGAGCACGCGUCUCUGCGGAGCAUUUUCACUCAUUUCAAACGAUUCUCGGACGAGUCGAAAUAAAAACUCAGUAACAUCCGAGUGAUUUAAGGAAGACCAAAGCCGCUACGGCAGAGGAAGAAAUGUGGAGAUUGGUCCAGUGACUAUUUUGGGGGUCUCUAUUUUAUGAACUUCUGAAUCUGAUCAGGGAUUGACUCUUUACAGAGAGGAUUUGUUCCAGAAAGGAAAGGCUGUUUUUAUGGAGAGCUGGGCUGGAUGCAUAGUUCAGAUGUAGAGGAUCCUUGAUGAUGAUGAUGAUGACGAUGACGAUGACGAUGAAGACUAUGUUGCUGCUGAUCUCAAUACUGCUAACUCAGGCUCUUCAGUCCCAGGGCAGACCGGCCACCCAAGAUGAGAUGUUAGCCCUGAUCGAGCCAACGGCAUACACUUUGUAUCCGGGGGACAAACUGGAGCUGAGCUGUAAAGCUAUAGAGGAGAUACAGGAAGUGACCUGGACUAAGGACCACGUUCCCCUGGCUGACGGAGAGCACACCCGCCUGCGCAACCAUCAGAUGGAGAUCGAGACAGUAGAGCCGGCCGACUCUGGUCUGUAUGCUUGCUUUGCUCAGGGACCCAACAGCAACCACACAGAUUACUUCAAUAUCAACGUUACAGAUGGAUUGGCUUCCUCAGAAGAUGAAGAAGAAGAUGAGUCUUCCUCAGAGGAGGCCAAGUUAUCAAGUGACCAGAAACUGCUUCCAAUGGCGCCCGUCUGGGCUCAGCCUGAUAAGAUGGAGAAGAAGCUCCAUGCUGUUCCUGCCAGCAAAACCGUCAAGUUCCGUUGCCAGGCCAAUGGAAACCCUACACCAACACUGAAGUGGCUCAAGAAUGGCAAAGAGUUCAAGAAAGACCAGAGAAUAGGAGGCUAUAAGGUUCGAGAGCACAUGUGGACCAUCAUAAUGGAGUCGGUGGUACCGUCAGACAAAGGCAACUACACCUGCCUGGUGGAAAACAAACACGGCAGCAUCAAUCACACCUACCAGCUGGACGUAGUUGAGCGUUCACCGCAUAGACCGAUUCUUCAGGCUGGGUUGCCUGCUAACCGUACAGUAGUGGUGGGGAGUGAUGUGGAGUUUGAAUGUAAAGUCUUCAGCGAUCCUCAGCCUCACAUCCAGUGGCUGAAGCACAUCGUGGUCAACGGAAGUAGAUUUGGCCCUGAUGGACUGCCAUAUGUUCGGAUCUUAAAGCACUCUGGGGUCAACAGCUCGGACACACAGGUCUUGACGCUGUACAACGUGACAGAAGAGGAAAGUGGGGAGUAUAUAUGUAAAGUGGCCAACUAUAUAGGCCAAGCCAACCAAUCAGCAUGGCUCACCGUCGUUAAAAGCUCGCAAGCAGUUCCCCCAACUCAACUGCCAAACCAGACCUAUUUGGAGGUGCUGAUCUACUGCAUUGGCUUCUUCCUCAUCUGUGUGAUGGUGGUGACCGCUGUGCUGGCCAAAAUGCACAGCUCGGCCAAGAAAAGCGACUUCAACAGCCAGCUGGCUGUCCACAAGCUGGCCAAGAGCAUCCCGCUGCGCAGACAGGUAACAGUGUCUGUAGACUCCAGCUCGUCUAUGCACUCGGGUGGGAUGCUGGUCCGGCCCUCACGCCUGUCCUCCAGCGGCUCCCCUAUGCUGUCAGGGGUCUCCGAAUAUGAACUGCCCCAGGACCCACGCUGGGAGGUGGCCAGAGACAGGCUGGUUCUCGGGAAGCCGCUUGGCGAGGGCUGCUUUGGGCAGGUGAUGAUGGCUGAGGCUAUUGGGAUGGAUAAAGACAAACCCAGUCGUGUCACCAAAGUAGCUGUCAAGAUGCUCAAAUCUGAUGCCACAGAGAAAGACCUGUCAGACCUCAUCUCCGAGAUGGAAAUGAUGAAGAUUAUUGGCAAACACAAGAACAUCAUCAACUUGCUGGGGGCCUGCACACAAGAUGGUCCGCUCUACGUCAUAGUGGAGUUUGCUUCAAAGGGCAAUCUUCGGGAGUUUCUGCGUGCCCGUCGUCCUCCUGGGAUGGAGUACUGCUACAACCCCGACCAGGUGCCUGAGGAGAACAUGUCAGUCAAAGACCUGGUGUCCUGCGCCUACCAGGUGGCACGGGGCAUGGAAUACCUCGCAUCCAGGAAGUGUAUUCAUAGAGACUUGGCUGCGCGUAAUGUCCUGGUAACUGAAGAUAACGUUAUGAAGAUCGCAGACUUCGGCCUGGCCAGAGACAUCCAUCAUAUUGAUUACUACAAGAAGACCACCAAUGGUCGUUUACCAGUGAAAUGGAUGGCACCUGAAGCUCUGUUCGACCGCAUUUACACCCAUCAGAGUGACGUGUGGUCUUUUGGGGUGUUGCUGUGGGAGAUCUUUACUCUUGGUGGCUCACCGUACCCAGGUGUCCCUGUCGAGGAGCUCUUUAAACUGCUAAAGGAGGGCCACCGCAUGGACCGCCCCUCCACGUGUACCCACGAACUGUAUAUGAUGAUGAGAGAUUGCUGGCAUGCCGUCCCAUCCCAGAGACCCACGUUCAAACAUCUGGUGGAGGAUCUAGACCGCACCCUCUCUAUGACGUCCAAUCAGGAGUAUCUGGACCUGUCUGUGUCUCUGGACCAGUUUUCUCCCAAUUUCCCCGACACACGCAGCUCGACGUGCUCCUCCGGUGAAGACUCGGUGUUCUCCCAUGACCCCGGCGCUGAUGAGCCAUGCCUGCCCAAACUGCCCCCUCAUCCCAACCGCGGAGUGGCGUUUAAAAAGCGCUGAGCUCACUCACAUUCAGUUCCUCUCCAGUGUGCUACCUGACUGGACUCACGAACUCUAGGAGACAAUGCUUUGCCACAUAGCACACUACAGAGCGGCCAAGAGCUGAAGAGCGGGGCAUGACUUCACACGAUGAGACGCUAGUUUCACACGAUUGGGAAGAGAACAAACUGGGCCUUCACUGACCUGUUGUUGCUAUAAAGCUAUAGGGCGCUUGAGCAGAAAGUGUGUUUCUCAAGACUCGUCAAUAUAAAAUAUCCUCCUGCAAUCUGUAGUAAAGAAAAUCUUGAAGACGUUACCAUCAUCGAAUAAGGAACCGAUUGAUGGAUGCUGGGAGUGUUUAGAUAAAAACAGAGACCUUCCUUUUGACCAAAUUCAUUAGAAAAUCUUUUCCACUAAAUGCUCUGCCCGAAUGUAUUUUAACAACGGGCACACAGUUGAUCUGACUGACAGCCUUUCUUGUAAAUACAUCUAGAAAUGUAUAAAUAUGAAUAUAUAUUUACACUCUACCCUUAUUUUUAUUAUACUAUUUGAAUUGUGUUGCUUUUUGUACCAGGAUGCGUUUAUGUAGAACUUUUGGAAGUGUAGCUUUUUUUUCCGAAAGGGACGGUGAGAAAUGUCCAAGAGAAUUGUAGAUGAAAUGAUAUUAUUAAGAGCUGAUAGAUGGCCAGUUUUGUUACUUAAUGUUGUCCUCCUCCACCGUUGAUGCAGCGUGGGCAGAAGUGGCUCAAAACCGCUGCUAUCUUCCUGAUGGUACGGAGUGCAGCGUCAGACUUAAGCUAUAAUAUAUGAAUUGAAAAGGUUCUUUUCUUUGUGUCUUAAGCACCUCCGUAGCAAAUCAAUGAUUUUUAUCGAAAGAUCGAAGGAAAAAAUGAAAUUCCCAAUGAAAAAAAUCACAUGAGAUGUACCUCAGAGAGAUGCUAUAAACGUUUAGCUUCGUGUAAUGAGAUGACCCUACAUUAAAGCAAUGGUCGAAUAUGGUUGAGAUCAACAGAUCGCUUGUGUUACUCCACUAAAUUUACAUCCAAUAAAAUGCUGUUGACGAACUAAUCGCAAAACCUUUCAUACCGCAUAAAGAACAUUGUAAAUAUCACUCUAGGUGACGAGUUUACAACAUCAAUUAUGUUUACACUGAAACUGACUCUCUCAUUUGCCACAGGUUAGCAGGGCUGAUUAAAAAUUAUAAUGCACAGCUUACAGUGUAAAAGCCGUUAGCGUUUUAUUUAUAGCUUCACGAGGUGCUAUGCUACAAACGCAUCAGACGGCAGACACCGUUACCGUGGAGAUUGGCUCCCUGCCAGCAGCUGAUGCAUCACUUCCACCACACGUACUUAGCGACGCACACUUGCUUCAGCCAAAUGAACCCUGAUGCCCAGCUCACGCUGCUACAGCCAAGACAAAAGUACCAGCUUUGAUUUAUACGGCUGAAAAUAUAGUUGAAGGUUGCAGAGUAUACAGCAGUUUAAAUUUAAUGCGGUUUGUCAUGUUUAUGGGACAGUGGCAGUAAAUUUUAAUUUGUGGAACAUUGUUUUGUUCUGAGAGACACACCGCGGGUCAGCGGAUAUGGACUGGCACGUCUGUGUUCUCCAAAGCCAUGCAUUAUGAUUGCGAUUGGUGCAUUGCAGUUUAGUCAACACCAAAUUUAUAGCUUUAAUGCAUCAAUAAAUGUAUCCGCUUUUGUUUUACAUGCAA